AUGAGGCGAAGUGAAAUUUCAACCUGGCAGUUGCUGCAGGUAGAGGAUGACAACGAGUUUCUCCCCAAGGCGUGUCGUCUGCUUGAGAAUUUCGCGACCACCAAGCAUGGGCUGCAAGAGAAGAUGCUGAAACUUGGCCGGCAUGGCAAGUCGGCGUACACAUACGUUUAUCUCAGCGCGGCACAUGAUUGGAUUUGUUGGAACCCUUCAAGCAUCGUUGCCAAGGCGCUGGCGAGCGGGACAAGACACCUUGAAGUCUCUCAUAUCGUUCGCGUUGAGGUCGGACAGAACACAACCAACUUCAACAGAAAGACCAAAGUGUCAAGCAACGAACAGAUCUCCAAAUCGUUCUCGGUGGUCACACACGACAGGUCACUUGAUCUGAUUGCCAAGACCGAAGAUAUCGCCAAGUUGUGGGUGCGGACCCUCAAGCUGCUGGUGAACAAGCAGCUGCUUCAAGACGGGAGGACGGCUACCUUCUCUACGGGAAACCACUACAGGAGAUACCUGAUGGAGCAGUGGAAUCGUGCGGACGAGGAUCGAUCGGAGAACUUGACGCUGGAGGAAGUCACCCAGCUGCUGAGGAAGAUGAACGUGAUGGCAAAGAGGAAGUGGAUCCGCGAGCAGGCGAUGAAGGCUGACAACUCUCACUUCUCUCUCGACGCCACACAGUUCUUGACCUUCAUGAACAACCUCAUGGGGAACCGAGCCGACGUGAAGAACAUCAUGCGCGAGAUCCACAGAGAGUCAGGAGGGAACUCUUACAAGGAGGAGCUCCUGAAUGCGAAGCAGCUUUGUCAGUUCAUGAACACUUACCAGAAGAGCAGCACCGACGAGCAGUGGACAGAGAUCGGAGCAGGACAAGGCGUUGGAGCUGAUAAAGAGAACCACUGA